AAAAUGUCCAACUUAAAUUACGGUAUCGAUCUUGCAAGUGGGAUAUCAAAGCGAGUGCUAUUCGCUUCAAAAUACGAUCUGCCUAACUAUGAAAAAGACACGAAGAUAUAUUUCCGCUACCAGACAAGACUCUGCGACAAUGACCACACCGUCUUGGAUGACAACCGAAAAGAUAAAAAACCUCUGGAACUUAUCAUAGGCAAACAAUUCAAGUUGGAGGUCUGGGAGACUUGUCUGAAGUCUAUGAGACCCAACGAAGUUGCCUCAUUCAUUGUCCAUGCCUCACUGGUGUCCAAUUAUCCUAUGGUGGCCAAAAGUUUGCGAGAAAUUAGGUGUGGGUCGUGCAGCACUGGGCACCACUGCUGUGGGAUGACGAUUAGGGAGUUGGGAUUGGGACAUCCAGAUUUGGAUAAUCUACUCCAUAACCCUCAACCUCUGGAGUUUAUUUUUGAAGUGACAUCCGUCGAAGAUGUGGGGAAAUAUAAGAAAGACCUGUGGGCUCUUAGCGAUGAUGAAAAACUUAACAUCAUACCAAUGCUGAAAGAGGAAGGCAACAAAUUGUUUGUCGAUAAAAAGUACGAAGAAGCUUCCGAGAAGUAUGGACAGGCUAUCGGGCUUCUGGAUCAACUGGCCCUCAAAGAGAAACCUGGAGAUGAAGAAUACCUGGAGUUUGAAAUGAAAAAGAUUCCCUUCCUCCUCAACUACUCACAGUGCAAGCUGUACCUCGAUGACUUCUACUCUGUCAUCAAACAUGCCUCCGAGGUCCUAGAAAAAGACCCCGAUAAUGUAAAGGCCCUGUUCAGACGAGGCAAAGGUCACGUAGGGGCCUGGAACCCCGAGGAGGCUCGAAAAGAUUUACAGAGGGCCGCAGAACUUGACCCCAGCCUGUUGAAGGCCGUCACGAAGGAGUUGAAUCAUCUGGCCGAGAUGGAAAAAGAGAAAAAGAUCAAUGAUCAGAUGCUACUGAAGGGAAAGUUGUUUGCUUAGUUGGUUGAGUUGGUUGGUUGGUUGGUUGGUUGAGGCGAGUUUUCUUCAACAGCAGUCAAUAAUUUUGUUUUAAAAUAUGUUACUCAUCUCAUUUUUAAGUUUCUGCCAUUUCGAUGUUGUGGUUAAUCAAUCAUUUAAUAUUUAUUCAUAUUAUUCAUUUGUUUAAUGAUAUUGUUGUUUGACUUUAUGUAAUUAUAUUCAUUAAGCUUCAAGUGCGAGUAAUUAUUUUCUUACUUUUCAUGAUUUUUGGGUUUUUAUAAAUUUGUCGUUCGUAUUUAUCUAUUUAUUUGUUGUUGUACAUUGUGAUAGAAAGUUCAAAAAUAAUUUAUUUAUCUUUUCUUUCAUUCUUUCAUCCAUUCACUUAUUCAUUCAUAUCCAUUCACUCACUCAUUCAUUCAUUUAUAUUCAUUCAUUCAUCCAUUCAUUCAUAUCCAUUCACUCAUUCAUUCAUUCAUUCAUUCAUUCAUUCAUUCAUUCAUUCAUUCAUUUCAUUUUUAUUCAUUUAUUCGUUCAUUCAUCUAUUCGUUCUCUAUUAAAACAAAUAACUUUUGUAACUUACUAACUGAA